AGGAUGGUAAAGAGACACCUGGAGAGGAAGGAUGGGGAAGAGAGAGAGAGAGAAAGAGGCAGAGAGAGAGAGAGGGGAGGGGGAGAGAGAGCUGGGAGGAGGGCGAGCUGCAGCUCGUGAGGCUGGCGCUGCAUCAGAGAUGUGAGUGGCGGGAAGCGGCUGGGUCUCGUGCGGCAGGAGGACAGGAUGGCGGGAGGACGUCGGGGUCUCGUGGCUCCUCAGAACACGUUCCUGGAGAACAUCGUGCGCAGGUCCAACGAUACGAACUUCGUGCUGGGAAACGCUCAGAUCGUGGACUGGCCGAUCGUCUACAGCAACGACGGCUUCUGCAAACUGUCCGGUUACCACCGAGCAGAGGUCAUGCAGAAGAGCAGCACCUGCAGCUUCAUGUAUGGAGAGCUGACGGACAAAGACAUGAGUGAGAAAGUCCGUCUGACCUUUGAGAACUAUGAGAUGAACUCUUUUGAGAUCCUGAUGUACAAGAAGAACCGGAUGCCCGUUUGGUUUUUCGUGAAGAUUGCUCCAAUCAGGAACGAGCAGGACAAGGUCGUCCUGUUUCUCUGCACCUUCAGUGACAUCACCGCCUUCAAGCAACCAAUCGAUGACGACUCCUCAAAAGGUUGGGGGAAGUUUGCCCGUCUGACCCGAGCGUUGACCAGCAGCCGAGGAGUUCUGCAGCAGCUCGCCCCGGCCGUGCAGAAAGGAGAGAACGUCCACAAGCACUCACGACUGGCCGAGGUUCUGCAGCUGGGGUCGGACAUCUUGCCUCAGUACAAACAGGAAACGCCGAAGACGCCGCCACACAUCAUCCUUCACUACUGCCUCUUCAAGACCACGUGGGACUGGGUCAUCCUCAUCCUCACCUUCUACACGGCCAUCAUGGUGCCCUACAACGUGUCCUUCAAGACCAAGCAGAACAACGUCACCUGGCUGGUGGUGGACAGCAUCGUGGACGUCAUCUUCCUCGUGGACAUCGUCCUCAACUUCCACACCACCUUCGUGGGCCCGGCCGGAGAAGUCCUCUCCGACCCCAAGCUGAUCCGCAUGAACUACGUGAAGACCUGGUUCGUCAUCGACCUGCUGUCCUGUCUGCCUUAUGACGUCAUCAACGCCUUCGAGAACGUGGACGAGGGAAUCAGCAGUCUCUUCAGCUCGCUCAAGGUCGUCCGCCUGCUGCGUCUGGGUCGGGUCGCCAGGAAGCUGGACCACUACAUCGAGUACGGCGCCGCGGUCCUGGUCCUGCUGGUGUGCGUGUUCGGCCUGGCGGCUCAUUGGCUGGCCUGCAUCUGGUUCAGCAUCGGAGACUACGAGGUCAUCGACGAGGACGCCAACACGGUGAGGAUGGACAGCUGGCUGUACCUGCUGGGAGAGACGGUGGGGACGCCCUACAGGUUCAACGCCUCGGGCUCGGGCCGCUGGGAGGGGGGGCCCAGCAAGGACUCGGUGUACAUCACCUCGCUGUACUUCACCAUGACCAGUCUGACCAGCAUCGGCUUCGGGAACAUCGCGCCCAACACGGACGGAGAGAAGAUCUUCGCCGUGGCCAUGAUGAUGAUCGGAUCGCUGCUCUACGCCACCAUCUUCGGUAACGUCACCACCAUCUUCCAGCAGAUGUACGCCAACACAAACCGCUACCACGAGAUGCUCAACAGCGUGAGGGACUUCCUCAAGCUCUACCAGGUCCCCACAGGGCUGAGCGAGCGGGUGAUGGACUACAUCGUGUCCACCUGGUCCAUGUCCAGAGGCAUCGACACCGAUAAGGUCCUGCAGAUCUGUCCCAAGGACAUGCGAGCGGACAUCUGCGUCCACCUCAACAGGAAGGUGUUUAAGGAACACCCGGGGUUCCGGCUGGCGAGCGACGGCUGCCUGCGCGCCCUCGCCAUGGAGUUCCAGACCGUCCACAGCGCGCCGGGCGACCUCAUCUUCCACGCCGGAGAGAGCGUGGACAGCCUCUGCUUCGUGGUGUCGGGGUCACUGGAGGUCAUCCAGGACGACGAGGUGGUGGCCAUUUUGGGUAAAGGGGACGUGUUCGGGGACGUCUUCUGGAAGGAGAUGACCUUGGCUCAGUCCUGUGCCAACGUGCGAGCGUUGACCUACUGCGACCUUCACAUCAUCAAACGAGACGCGCUGCAGAAGGUCCUGGCCUUCUACGCUAACUUCGCAAACCACUUCGCCCGGAACCUGGUUCUCACGUACAACCUGAGGAAGAGGAUUGUCUUCCGCAAGAUAAGUGAUGUGAAACGUGAGGAGGAGGAGAUGCUGAGGAGGAAGAACGAGGCUCCUCUGAACCUCCCUGCGGACCAUCCCGUCCGCCGGCUCUUCCAGCGGUUCCGGCAGCAGAGGGAGGCGCGGCUUGCAGUUGAGCGAGGCAGCCAGGCGGCCAGUGAUGUGGAGAGAGGUGUCCAUCAGCCCGACCAGCCCAGAGGUCCGCAGGUCUUGGCCUCCACCAGAAUUGUCAUGAUGACAGAGAGCCCUGCCACGCCCACCACCUCCUCCACAUCCACCACGUCCGCCUCCUCCAGGUCCUCCAGCCGGGUCAUGCUCCACUCUCCUGCCACGCAAAGUGGAAACCUGAGCGGCUGCAAAUCCACGGAGCCGCCCAAAGCUAAAGGCUGGGGACGAUUCAAGGAGUCAGUGGUGAAGGCUGAGUCGUGGAGCAGCGUGGCCAAGGCCGAGUCCCUGGAGACUCUGCCCGAUAGAACUAAGUCCCACGACGAAGGGUCCCUCAAGAAGACGGACUCUUGUGACAGCGGCAUCACAAAGAGCGACCUCCGUCUGGACAAGGCCGGAGACGCCAGAACGCCACAGGAUCGGAGUCCGGUCCAGUCCGAGGAGAAGAACGUCUUCUGUGCGAUUCCAGAGCAGAACAUGCAAGCCUCCUUCCUGGAGCUGAAACAGGAGCUGCGAGGAGACAUGAGAUCUCUGAACAGUCGCAUGGCGGCGCUGGAGGCUCAGUUAGCUGAGAUGCUUCGUCUCCUCAAAUCCAGGAAGUCGUCCGGCUCUUUCUUCGAGAUCUCGCGGCCGCCCUCCCCCGACUCGGAUAAGGACAGUCUCUCUUAAACCGGAUGUGGACGUCAGGGUUGAACCAUCCAGAGAAGAAGGGUGGGGGGGUGCUGACGCUCAACAACGGUAACGCUCCAAUCACAGACGCACAAAGUAACGUCUAUAGCAUCGCGCUGUGUUUGAAAAGACGUCCAGCUGGAUGGGGGGGGGGGGGGGGGUUCGAUCUUUAAUCAGAGAGUCUUGAUAUCACAACGGCACCUCUGGUCGUGAGGCGGGUUCGUGGCCUUCAGACCUUCACUUGUUAUCGGCAAUAAUACCAGUUGGCUUUAAUGUUGUUGCUUUAAACGUCUGCACUGUGAUUUAGUGACUUUGAUCAAAGUCUGUUUCCCAGAGCCUCCAGAUCCUGAAGGGUCACUUUUCAUUGGCCGUCAGAUCUGUCAAUAAAAAGAAGGUUUGUUACCGACGUGUCAGCUGAUUCAGAAUCAGAUUGAAACCUUUUCUACGCAGAGACGAAAGAUCCGAUGAACUUGAGUCCAGGAGGAAAACGACGCUAACGACAAACUGUAACGGGCCAAUCACACAAGCUUUCUUCUUCUUACAAGUUUCUAAACCUUUGAAUCUCGGGUGGACCCUGAUUUCUCUACUUCAUGUAGUGUUGGUUCAAUUUCCGAACAAUCUCCCUCGACCUUCAUCAGACGAAAACACUGUGUGCAAACCUCAGUGAGAUUUUAAAUCCUGAAUCAAUGUGAACGAUUUAAGAAGUAAACGCUGUGAGGAUCCUUCUUCAAAGGUUGAUUCGUGAUUUUCUUCCAAAUCAGUCACAUUUUUCUGGAGCUCGUUGACAUCACUGAGUCCGUUAUUAAAAUAAAUCUUCAUCCACAUGAAGACAAACAGCUGCAGACGAAGGAGGCGACAAAGAGAGAGACGAGGAAGACGUCUGUGAAUGUUGUCAUGUGGAGCAGUGACGCUACAUUUAGCUGCUGACUUGUAAUCAGACCUGACAUUGAUUUUAAAAUCUGCACUUUCGUUUGUACAAAUAACUUGAGCGACUUAAAACACUGUGUGCACGAGAAACAGGAAACAGUUUGAUUUCCCAAAACAUUCAGUUUGAACUGAGCUUUAAUCUUAAUGCAUCUGACCACGCCCCCUUUAACACCAUGUGACACCUCAUGUGUGACGCACACAGAUCAUCACCUGAACCCGACUACAGGUCCACUGUGACUCUACAGAACCAAUCAGAACUUUGAGUGAACCUGGAUUCUGAUCAACGUUCUGUCCUGAUACUUUGACACAUUGAUAUUGUGUGUGUUAGCGAAGAGGCUUCACGUGGAGUUCAACUGACCUUUGACCCGAUGAUAUUAAAUCACGUUUGGAGAGAUGAUUUAAAAACAGACUUAUGAAUCGAUCCAGCUUCAUCAGAUCGAUCGUCACUUCAGCUCCGACUCUGAACUGAACCGAAUGCACUGACAGAAAAUGAUUUAUUUCCCGAUCCCAACAUUUAACUGCAGAUUUUAUUCAAACCAGAUUAAUACUGUAGAAUAAAUUGUGUUUUUUUACUUUCUGCUUCUUGAACUUGAGUUGAAGGUCCGACGUGAAUCUGAAGCUUGGUUCCGUCUAAUCAGAGGAAACGUUUGAAAUGUCCAAAUGAUAAUCUGAGAGUCUGUCUGUGUCGCUGUGAAAUAUGAUAUAUGAUCCUAAUAUGCAAUUAUUUUCAUGCACGUCACUGACGCACUUUGAUCGUCCUGCAUGGUGUCUGACAGUUUUCAGUUCUGGAGCUGUGUGAGGUUUGUUCUCUCUGACCUUCGACCUUCUCCUCCAUCGGGUCCAUGUAGGAGCUCCUGAGCAUGAAGGUCACCAUCACCUCCACUCGUUCCUCACUUAUCAUCACCAAUGAAAACUGUAUCAGCACAAAGUGUUUGUAAAAAAACAAUUCAAAUGUCAAUAAAUUAUUUUAUACUUUGA